AUGGUGAGAAGCAAGGUCCCUUCACCUGAUGCUCCGGUUGGGGAUCACAUCGAGACCAUUUCUCCGAAGGACAUGCUUGACAAGAAAGCUUCGCCAGAGAUGGCCGACAUUGGUAUUUCCGGCACUGAAUUCAUCGCAUCGUACAACUGGCUUGAUGAUUGCUAUCCCAAGAUUUUCAUCCCAGGCAAGCCUCCGUUGUGGACUCCUCCUCUUAUACGCCGCCAGCUUCAGGAGGACAAAGGCAUCUUCUAUCGAGAUCGCAACGCAGCAUCGUACCCUAAGCAUCCAAUUGAGCCAGCCAUCGUGUCGGUUAUGCAGAUGCAUAGUACGCCACGACACGUAGACGUGUUUGCGUGCGCGAGCACGCUGAGAAAAUUGCUUGGGUUCCUACAGGGCGACGAUAGGCCGUUCCGGAUGCUUGUUGAAGUUAUUGCCGGGACCGUUCAUCUUAUCCGUAGGGAAAAUAGACCAAAGGAGCAGAUCCUUGGCGUGAGAGGCUACGGCCACACGUUCCCAGAAGCGUAUACUACUUGGGAGGCAGACGUGAAAAGAUCCAUUUCGCAUCAGCGCAUCCUCGGAUAUCGGUUUUGUGGUCUCGACAUGAUGGUGCGAUACGAGGGCGACGGCUACAUCAAAUCGGACAAGACACCACUAAAGACGAGUAAUAAGGCUGACCUGCUGGAGCUACUCGGCGGCCUCCAGGUAGACCGCGCGGGCAAAGCGACGAGCUCUGACGAUUCCGAGAGCAUUCUCCACGUGGGGAACGCAGGAGAAGAAGUAAAACAGGAGCAGGUUUUUGACUUGAAGACGCGCUCAGCCAAACGACAAGACGAGGAUAUCCUGGCAGAGGAACUGCAACGCCUGUGGAUUGCCCAGAUCCCCAACUUCAUUCUCGCGUUCCACGACCGAGGCCAUUUUGCAAAUGUGCAGAUUCAGAAUGUGAGAGACAAGUUGAAGGAUUGGGAGGCACAGAAUCAAUCCUUGCUGAGGGGCUUCUUUCAUCUCCUGGGCCACAUUAUUGACACGGCGGGCGACUACGGAGAUAGUCAGCUCGAGAUUGUCCGACCGGCUGGAGGUGGACUCGAGAUCCGAAAACGAGCGCCUGAGGCAGGGAGUGUUCUCUCCGGUCCGGUGAGGCAAAUCUGGGCAACGUGGCUGAGCGAUGGUGAGGAUGCAGGGCACGACGUGAGAGCAGCCUCCUUGGAUAUGCACACGGCGAAGGAAACCAGCAGCGAGGAUGACACUGCCUGCGACGAUCAAUGCGGCUAUUGUGGGAAGUGUGCCUAG